UGUGUAUUUCCUCCCGUUCUUUAUCAGAGCCCCCAAAAUAAGUAGGAAUGGGCAGUGGCUAUUCACAUUCAAUACACCUUUUCCAUUUGCUAAUAAGGCCCUGCCAGGCUGGGAGGGAAUUGUCCCUGCCUGCCUCUUGAGAGAGAAGCCAUUGACACCAUCUACAGGCACCAUGGAACUGCUUCAAGUGACCAUGCUUUUUCUUCUGCCCAGUCUUUGCAGCAGUGACGUCGACACAGGUCUUAUAAAUGCAAAUACUUCUUCACCAACUGUCACUACUACAAUGAAAACAUCUGCACAAACACCAAGCACAGAAUCAUUACAGAAUCCUGUUAUCACACCAACAAUUGGAACAAUUCCUACAGGAACAACCAACAGCGAAUUACUUAAAAAGUCUCUGUUAACAGUUGCUUCAUUAACGACAAGUACAGAAGAAUUAAGAAUCACAACCACUGAUGGCAGGGAGAAUGUGUCCAUUAUUUCAAAUGUAGCAGUAACAAAUCAUGCACUUCCAAAUGCUGCUUCAACAUCACAAAGUUCCCAACACAAGACUGAGACUCAGAGUACAAUUAAAAUAAUGAAAAUACCAGGUAGCACUCUACAACCAGAUGCGUCACCUUCUAAAACUGGUACAUCACACUCGAUGCCAGCUACAAUUCCAGAAAGCACUUUACAGUCUCAAGGCACUGAGAAUGGAAAAAAUUCAAGUGCUUCAGCAGCCAACCCGUCUUAUUCCAGUAUUAUUUUGCCAGUGGUUAUUGCUUUGAUUGUAAUAACACUUUCAGUAUUUGUUUUGGUGGGUUUGUACCGAGUGUGCUGGAAGUCAGACCCAGGCACAGCAGAAAAUGGAAAUGAUCAACCUCAGUCCGAUAAAGAGAGUGUGAAGCUUCUCACUGUUAAGACUAUUUCUCAUGAAUCUGGUGAGCACUCUGCACAAGGAAAAACCAAGAACUGACAGCUUGAGGAAACCUCCCCACACCUAGGCAAUAAUUACGCUUAAUCUUCAGCUUCUAUGCUCCAAGGGUGAAAAAGGAGAAAGUCCUGCAGAAUCAAUCUUGACUUCCAUACCUGCUGCUGGCCUGUACCAGUUGUCUAUCCCAGUAAAGUGAUGUCCAGCUCACUUGCAAUAAUUUGAUGGAAUCAAAAGAAGCCCUGGGACUUUCCGGUCCUCUGACAUUUAAAAAUUACAUUAUUCCAUAUAUAGGAGCAUUCGUAGGAAAAGGAAUUUUAGGAGGGUAAUUUGUGAGCAGUGAAUUGACAGCCCAGGAGGCGGGCUCACUGAGAGGCAUGCCUUUCCUUGAAGUUUAAAGUUUUCAGGGCCAAGAAUUUUUAUCCAUGAAGACUUUUCUUGGUUUUCUUAUAUUAACUACUGUUUGUAUUUAUUGUUUACUGCUAUGUUAAUGCAGGGAACAUUUGCAUGUAUAUUAUUAAAUAUUAGGUAGAAAUCAUACCAUGCUAUUUUGUACAUAUAAAUAUUUUAUUCCUAUUUUUGUGUGUUAUUUUAAUAAAUAAUUACUGUACUCAAUACACUAAAAAUACCACAACAUGACUGUGAAAAUGGCAGUGGUAUUGUCUUCCUGUAAUUAUGAAUAUUUUUGGAUGGAUUGUUAGAAUAUAUGAACUCACUAAUGAAACUCAUCUGUAAUAAAUGAGAAAGGGACAUAGGAUUCACGUAUCAGAGUCUGUUAGGGGGAUAGUGAUUGACCAAUUCUUUGGUCUUUCUAUUUGUCAUUCAUACUAUGAGAUGAAGAUGUAAGUGUAAAGGCAUUUAUAACACUAUACUGCAUUAAUUAAGAUAAUAAGAUCAUGAUUUUUCAUUAACUCAUUUGAUUGAUAUUAUCUCCAUGCAUUUUUUAUUUCUUUUAGUAACAUAAUUACUUGUUCUAGCAAUCAUUGCUAAACCUCCAGUUUGUAGAAAACCAAGACUUUAUAAAUACAUAAUCAUGAUAUUAUUUUUCAGUGUAUCACUUCUCUAAAAAUACCAUAUGAUUAUAGCUGCCACUCCAUCAGGAGCAAAUUCUUCUGUUAAAAGCUAACAGGUCAAACAUGACCACUUUUUGACACGUGAGAUCAAAGUGUCAAGUUGGUUGAGAUUUUUUGGAAAGCUUUGGAACUGAUGAGCUGCUAGUGGCAGUUCUUUAACCUAUGAUUAUCUAAGCUGAUUUUGAUGCUAAAUUAUCUUAGUGAUCUGAGGGCAGUUUGGUGGAGAUAGAAUCUUGUAUUUAAAAUAGCUUUUUAAAACUUGUUUUGUGUAAUAUACUUGACAACUUCCAUCUUUACGAGUUAUAUAAUCAUCUCGAUUUUAGUUUCCUGAUGUUUGGACUAUUUCUAACCAAGGACACCAAGCAAGCAUAAGCAUAUCUAUAUUUCUUACUGGUGUCUCUUUGAGAUUGACGGGAAGUAGAAAAAAAAAAGAAAGGAAGAGAGGAGAGAAAAAGGCAAGGAUCUUCACUAUGUAUGUUUUCACUUUGAGCUGUUGUGCCCAUGCUUAAUUCUAACCUAGAAGUCUUUAAGUGGUGAGCCAGUGACUGGAGCAUGCCAAUCAGAGAGUAUUUGUUUUCAGAAAAAAAAAUAUCUAAGUUUGAGACCAGUGUGGCCAACAUGUUGAAACCCCACUUCUAUCAAAAAUACAAAAAUUUACCUGGUGUGGUGGCGCACGCCUGUAGUCCCAGCUACUUUGGAGCCUGAGGGACAUGAACUGCUUGAACCCAGGAAGUGGAAGUUGCAGUGAGCUGAGAUGGUACCACUGCACUCCAGCCUGGGUGACAGAGCAAGACUCAAUCUCAAAAAAAAAAAAAAAAAAAGAAAGUCCCAGCACCCCUGGAUGAUUUACUGAGCUCUUCAGCAAAAGCCAUGUUGCCAUACAGCAUAUUGCCAAGAAAUGAACUCUUAGGCAAUUAAAAUUACAAGGAAUAUGUUAUUUUGGAUACUAGAGAAACCAUUUUCUCUACAUUUCGUGAGCAUUGUUAGAAAAGAGUUUACAAGAAUCAGGAAGAGGGAAAAAUGUCAGAAAAGAAUAACAUUUAUUCAGUUCAAGAAGUGCACACAAAGAAUAUGCAUUAAUCUAACAACUACAGAAUUAAAUCUUUCAAAAAGGUCAAAGGAGGAUUGAAAUGUUUACAGAGAUGACCAUGGCAUUUUAUAUCAAUCUCAAAGGUAAGAUCUGUAUUUUUGUAAACUAACUUAAAUUUCUGUUGAGAUAGGAUAAUUUGUUUUCAAGCCAAAAUUAUCAUUAAUCAGAUGGUUUUUAAUUAUCUGAUCUAGAUAAUCUACUUUUUAUGCCUGGCUUAUUAUAAGCAUGUUAUUCUGAUAUACAGUUCAAACGUCAUUGCAACAAAGAAGUGCCUGUAUUUAGAUCAAAGGCAAGACUUUCUAUGUGUUUGUUCUGCAUGACAAUAUGAAUAUAAUUUAAGUCUAUCAAUAGUCAAAACACAAACAAAAGCUAACUAACUGGCACUGUUGUCACCUGAGACUAAGUGGAUGUUGUUGGCUGGCACACACAGGCUCAGCCAGCAGAGAGAGGAUUCUGAAUUCCCCUUGUUGAGCUGAACUAUUCUUUUACAUAUGGUUGACAAACCUGUGUUAUUUUUUGUCUACCUGCCAUAUUUAAAUUUAUGAGUAUCAACUGAGGACAUACUCAAACCUUCAACGAUGAACCUGCCUGAUUUUUUUGCCUGAUUAUUCUCUGUUGAGUUCUACUUGUGGUGAUCCAAGAUUUUAUGAGAUUCUGAAAACAGAAUAUGAUGUUUAAAAAUUGUAUUUUGAGUGACUAUAUUCUCACUACUAUGAAACUGUCAAUUAUUGCCUAAUGUUAAAGAUAUCCAUCAUUGUGAUUAAUUAAAUUAUAUGUGUCUUCUUCAUGGAGAAUUUGUGAUGGAUUCUCCCUUGAUCUUUUCUUUAAAAUCUCUCCACACACACAGGACUUUUCAUGUUUCACUAAAUGAGUAUACCCUGCCCCUA